AUGGCUGAACAGGUAUCUAGAAAGAAAUCGUAUAGAUGGGCAGCCGUAUCUCAGGGUACGUACGAUGGGGCCGAUUGGGAUAGCAGCAACAGCGAUGAUGAUGCGAUGGGAGGCUGGGAUAGUGAUCUACAACAAACUCCUCAGGCAAUGAAGCAGAACUCUCCUGCCAGACAUGGAACCAUUGAGAAGCUUCCGACACUACCCAAACUGGCAUAUGGCAAAGAUGUGGAGGAAGACAAGCCCAUUCCCGGCGUUGAAGACACGCAUCCGCCUGUUCGGUCUGAGAGUAAGUCGAAGAGCUCUGUUAACGACGAUCUGGAUUCAUUGAUGGAUCAAAUAUCGCGAGAGAUGACUCCAAGAGCGGAACCGGUCGAAAAGUUUCCCUCGAAUGAUCAGCUGUCGAGUAGCUCACCAGUUGGCAUGCCUCCUAAUGCGGUGCCAGCGCAGCCAAUUCAAAGCAAGUUGACCGCAAUGAAAGCUGCAGGUGCUGACUCUAAGCGUAUUUCUAGUUAUAUUGACGAUAGUAUUGGUGAUUCAGAUGAGGAAUUACGAGUUGGUGGGGCCUCAGAAAUCUCUGACUCGGAUGACGAACUUAGGGUGUCGAAAAACGGUUAUUUUAGUAGCUACAUCGGAGACGAAUCACAUAAAUUACCUGGCAAUAAUGAUUCAAAAUCACUGUCGGGAAAUUCUGGUGAUAAUUCUGGUGAUGACUCCGCUGCCCUGGAUGAUGAAAAGGAAAAUGUAAUCGAUAACAUGGAUGAAAAAUCUGAAGAAGAUACGGGUUCCGUUAAGCAUUUUAAAAACUCAGAGGCUUCAAAUAAGCUAACUAAUGAGAGCACAACUCUCCAUAAGAACGACGAAGAGCCCGAAGCUACCAACACAGGAGAAAAUACGGAGUUAGGCCGCUCUUCUCCCUCGGAGAAAAGACUUUCUGAAAUCAAAAGGUCUGGCACGGAAAUUGAAAAGCAUUUAGAAACUGAAACUCCUAAUGAAUCUGAAAGUAUUCAAGAAUUGGAUCUCCCCCAGCAAGUUUCGAAGAGCGAAGGACUCAGAAAGCCGUCAGAUGAGUCUGAAGCGCACAGUGCCCGUUCAAUCGAGGGUAUUCGAGGAACUAAAGUCAUUGAGGAGUCAGAUGGAAAUGAUUCAUUUUUGAACCAGUAUGGUAACAACAGCUCACAGUCAUCUCCUGCUCAUAUGAGGGAGGUCUCUUCGUUUUCAUCCUCGCCAAUCAAACUCAAACAGACUCAAAAUACCGAUUUGGCAUAUAAUCACGAUACUUAUUCCACUGAUGAGUCUGCAGAUGAAUCUGCUUCUUACGUGCAGUCCAUCACAAAAAGUCCUGGAAUUGAAAAUGGAUCUUUUAAGUUCAGUAAUCGCGAAAGAGAUUCGAUAAUAGAAUCAAGUGAUGACGGACACGAGGGAAAUGCCGAUGUCAGCUCGUUUCAUGUUCCUAAGGGAGGCUACUAUGCUGAUAUGGUUGAUGAUGGACAUUCCUCGCAUACUGAUGAUGCGAAAAGCGAUCAGGCUAUCGAUGAAGAAGAUUUGGAUUCCAGUAGUGAUGACAAUUCCAUAACACAAAGUCUUAAUCGUUCUAAAUCACUUACUCAUGACGAAGCAAGUGUCUCAGCUACCGAGGCCGCUAUUGAAAACGAACUUGAUGAGGAAACAGAAAAUGAAGAUGACAAAGAUACUUCAGAUUCUGAGCAUAAGAAAACUGCAGUAGAAUCCAGACAAUCUAUUAAUUUGGGAAAAUGGAGACCCGAUACUGAUUCUCACCGAUCUGGAUUUGUCCAAGAGACGGCCCAAAAAGCUCCUGAUGGGUUUGUCAUUGAUGAAAAUGGUGAAAAGGUUGAUCUAAAUCCAUCAAGUAUGAGACAAGCCCGAGCGGUAUCUACGUAUUCAGAGGUUGAAAGUACUUGGAAUGCCUUUCCUUCGAACUCUGAAGAACACGAUGAUCUGCACACGAUUGCAGAUACUAAAACCAUAUACGAUAAUCAAACUAUCUACAAUGUUCCUGGGGUGUUGACAAAUCAUGAUUCUUUGCCCCCUCUACCUAAUAAUAUGUCAAGUCCUGUAUCUGAUGGAACGAAAACAACUGCAGACUCUGAUUCAAUCAUGAGAAAGCUAGAUGGUGAAAAGACACAUCAUCAAUCCAGUUUCAAAGAAGAUUUCUCGGUGCAUGCGCCCAAUGUCGAAGAAAUUGCACAACUCAAGGGAAAACUAGUUCCUAAUCUAAACUUGGAUAAAGUAUUAAGCGCAAAGGAUACCACCCAUGCAAUGAAGAUUGCUAAACUAAAUGCAUAUUCUCGUGAAUUGGAAGAAUAUGAUACUGGUCUGCAAACAUGGAUUAACUUCGCCCUUAAAUCAUCAACUUCAGAUAAGGACUACAUAUUCCAUGAGUACAAAGUAAGCAGGCAUGUUCGGGAUGCUUACGCCCAUGCUGACGAGUUAAGUAAAAGGGUCACGAUGAGUAGUACGGUUGCUAACGUCAAUCAAAACGUGUCGCACUUGAAAAGAAAGGUCUUUUCACAUACCAUGAAAGAAAAAUCGAAAGGAUUGUUUUCCUCCAUUGGAAAAAAGUUAUGA